AUGAUUUUGUUCUUCUUGAUCCCUGUGAAUAUGAUUUUCGGCCUGCUGCCUCCCAAAUCGCUUCUCACCAAGUUCCAUUUUUCGAUGUAUUCGAAACUGUCGCAAGCAAUCCAAACGGGGAAUUUGCAGCUUUAUGAGGAAGUGUUGGCGAACUAUGAGCGCGUGUUGAUUAAUCGAAAUCUCUACCUGACUGUGAUUUCCUUGAAGAUCCUGGUGCAGCGAAGUCUGCUGAAGUCGAUUUUGAGUGUGUUUGGGGGCGCACAGAUUCCAUUCCGUGUGAUUCAUGUGGGGCUGAAUCUGCAAAACCAGCAUUUGUCGGACGAAGAACUGUGUUCAUUGCUGAGUUUGCUGAAGUAUAAAGGCUAUUUGAAGGGAUAUGUGGCCUAUCCGCAGAGAGUGUUGGUCGUGUCGAAGAAUCUGCCGUUUCCGCCCGUGGCAAGUCUGUUUAAGUGA